AAACGAGCCAUCUCUUUCGAGUUUCAACCCUGAUUGCAUCUCGGAUUGUCAUUGCGCCCCUCGCGUCAUUUGCAGGUUUGGUGUCACAACCGUCUCGCCUUUCCCGUCUGACGUCGCUUUGGCCGCCAUCCCAUCUGCCCCUCACUCGAGUCACCUUGCCCACCAGCUGGGGUAGGCAUCAGAUUGUCAUUGACCAAACAGCUGCCCCUGCGACCACGGCAACAGGCACGCCAAGUACCGUUGAGCAACAAUGGUAUGAGAAAAAUAAGAAUAUAUCAACUAGGGCAGGGACAGACAGCAGCGAGACAUGAUAUACUUGUGAAGUCAAGGUUGAUGUGGCUUUAAAUGGGCAGAAAAUUGCACAAGGUCUUCGGUCGUGAGCAUUCAGUGCUAUAGGCUGUAAUCAAACCGAAUCACCGGGCUAUCACUGAAAAAAGGACGAGGAGAAGAAAGACAGCAUUCAAAAUGGCGUACCCGGUCUUGCCUAGCCCCGACAACUUCCUAGCUGUUGCUCUCGUUAUCAACCGUUCUCGGGACGGCCCGCGAUUUGUUUUCCACUACCCUCCCCACGUCUUGCCACCACAGGCUACAGCAGCAGCAAGAGAUCGCGAUGAUCUGGACGAUCUGGACGAAGAAGACGAGGCUCUUCUGCACCGAGUUUCCCAUGCCGUUGGCCUCGAUGCCAGCUCUUCGUCCCCGUUAAAGGAGUCCGAGCUGUCGCAGUGGAAUCACGACGACCAUCUCAUCACCGAGAGCGGCACUCAGAUUGUUCCUUGGGAGCACGUUGCUGGCUUCCCAACCAAGGAUCUGGAAAACAUCUUGACUCCGGCCAGGGCCUAUCACAAACGCUUGUUCCAGGUUUCCUUGGAUCCUCUCUACUGCGUUUCGUAUCCCAUCCAUGUGCCAGAGAAUGGAGUCUGGCGGAAGAAAAGCAAGAAGCAGCAAAAGCACCGGGACCACGAUGACUCCAUCCCGACAGACACGGACGGUCCCGCAAGGACUAGUGACAAAGGUCCCUCGGAUGUAGACCAGCCUGCCGUCAAAACAACCGAAGAGGCCGAAGACAAGAAGAGUUCCAUGACCAUGUUCAACCUUGUCUUCAUCUUGAACCCCAAGAGGCAUGAGGUUGCCGACCUUGUCGACAUACUCUACACGCAUAUCAUCAAGAAAGUCAACAAGGCAUAUAAGUACUGCCAACAGAGGAGUGAUUUCAUAUGGAAGGAAUCUAAGAAGAUUCUAGCCUUGAAGGACAAGGGUCGGGAAGACAAGAGAAAGAUGAGCCAGUUGUGGGACGAGAUCCUAGCGAAUUCUUCACUGGCAGCAUCUAUGCAGGACAUAUACGACGCCAUAUCACGGAACAGAAUUGCUGCCAUCCAGCUCGAGACCAUUGAGGGUGUGGUUACUCACUCCGUGCAGAUUCCUGUGCCAUUCCAUGUGCCCGACCUGCCCCAGGACGGCCAAGGGGAGGAGCAGCUUGGUCUGUGGUUGACGACCGCAAACUCGUUGCAAGCCGACGAGAGCGUGGAGGAGCCCGAAUAUCUGGACAAGACCUUUGCUCUCCUCCUGAUGGCAGAAGAGAAAAAGGUCAUCAACGAGCUGCUGGGUCCUGAAUCCGACCCUACUACACAGGCCAUGAUCGAGUUUGUACGCCGGUGCAAGCCCAAUCUCUCCUUCCACCAGGUGCAACAGCAGGCAAGCAGUAUCCUCUCGCCUGCCCAGGUGCGGAGGUUUGCCGAGCAUUUCAUAUUCUGGCGACGAGCCAUCGCUAUCCCGCCUCUGCACGGCCGCGACAUGUACAUCGUGAGUCCCAACUGCGACCUACGCAGACUUCCUCAAGCAGCUGCUCAGUGGGCGAGACAGUUCCCGCUUUCACCCCCGCUGCCCAACUUCCUGGCCGAGCUGAGCGUUGCCCCGCGGCCGUAUAAACUGCACUGUCCGAGUAAGGCUCACCGGCCUCUUUAUAUGGCUAUGCUGGCGUGGUUGAUGCGUGGCGGUUGGGUUACCCAGCUCUGCACCUUCGCUUACGUUGUGGUCUGGCCCGAGAUCAUAUACGAAGUUGAAUAUGAACUAGAGGCAGAGGAGAUUGCGCGUGAGAAGGCGAAAGCACAGAACAGGGGCCGGGAGGAGGAUCAAGGUCACAAACACGACGACAUGCUGUCUCCAACAACGGUGGACAACAGUGGUGACACCGGAGGAUCCGGUAACAACGUGUUGGCAGCGGCACUCAGCGAGGGUCCCCUAGCAGGCUUCGCCGGAUCCGGAUUCCUCUCGCUCACGGCCGACUCGACUUCGGCCUCAGACCUAGAUUCCUCCGCGGCAACUCUCCGUGACCUCUCCAUCGCGCACUCGCCCACCCUUUCCCGAGCCCAACCAGCUUCCACCCCCAUCAACGAGUUCCUCCCGACUCUAACCUCGCCCAUGUCGACCACCUCCCUCUCAACCCUCAUCCUCGGAACCAGCGACUACAUGACCAACACCCACAAAGACAACAACAACAACCACAACUAUAACAACCCCGGCUCCUCCUCCCCCACAGCCUCCUACACCUCCACCAACACCCUCAACAUGCUCAACCCACCCCGCCCCACCCUCCAGCUUACCCGCACCAUAUCCGAAGACACCAACGCCUCAACAGGCACUUCCUCCACGCACCACCAGCCCACGCCGGCCGAGCAGGCCGCAGAAAAAGCCCGACUGGAGCGCAUAGCCGACAAAGCGGCGCGCGAGCUCGCGGAGCGGGCCAUGGCGCACGCUAGAAAGGCCGUGCCGCAGGCGACGAGACACCCGAGCGUGAACCAUGCUAAGCACCUGCUGGGUAUGAGCCCGCAUAUUAUCUUGGAUGCGAAGAAGGCGACGGGGAAGGAGAGUUUGUAUUUGAGUGCUAUUGAGAGGAGGUUGAGGGGGAGGAGUGGUGAGGUGGCGGCGGCCGCGGCUGCUGCUGCGUCUGAGACCGCUGGUGGUGGUGGUGCUGCCGCCGACGGCGCCGCCACCGGCACUGGUGUGGACGGAACAGGGACGGGGACAGAGGAUGCCGCCGCUGGAACUGGUAACGGUAACAAUAACAGCAAUGUCAAUGUCCCCGCAAACACCGCGACAGGAAAUGAUGCCACCAAUAUCCCAUCCUCUUCCACUACCGCCACCGCCACCGCCGCCGGCGCCGGCGCGACAACAACCGGCGGAACCGGAAUGACAGGAGGCCGUGCCGUCUCCGGAUCAGCUACGGCUCAACGAGGAACCAAGGACUGGGACGAGCGGGUGGCCAACACGUGGCCUCAGUUCUGGAAGUACUUCAACGGGCGGUCGGCACUGGAGCGGAUUGCCUUGCAGGAGGAUAUGAAGCGGAAAGAGGCGUGGUCGUUGUUGACGGCUAUGAGUGAGUAUUUGUUGUGUACUAGGCAUUGGUGAGAACGGAGACGAGGAAGUAUUGUGUACUUACAUUGCUACCAUAUGUUGACCUACUAGUACUAUACUGUGUAGUUGGUUGCGGGUACUUGGGAUGCCACACAAAGUAUUUCGGAAGAGAAAACGCUUCGCUAGGUACCGGCCCAUAACCUACAUUGUCAUUUGUAAAAUGGAAGGUGCGCCGGGUAACACUCACCUGCCACCCAGUGCAAUCGCGUAUAAGUCAUGGGACGGUCGUUGAGGUUCUUACCUUAUUAUACAGUGUCGUUCCUUCCUCGAGUUUGCUAUCUCCAGGAGGCAACUGCCAUGGCCCGGGCAUCUGCAUUUAAUCAAAAAGUGUUCCCUU